UCCGUGUAAAAAAAGAUCAUUUCUUUGGUUUUUAUUUUUUAUUCAUUAUUAUAAAGAGGAAAAGUCUCAAGCUUUCUUCAUCAAAUGGAGGGAGAUCGCAUUAAAAUGUGAACUUUCCCCUUCGAUGAUAAUGAGCGGGAGCAGUCUAAGGCCGCGCCCACCAACAUUCUCCGGCGGAGGUGGCGCGUUCUAGUGGCGGCGGGGGAGAAAGAACAAUGGGCCAAGGGCUGAGCUGCUGGCACGGCCAGGGAAAUGGGAUGCUCAGGGCGGUCAAGUUCGGGGAUUUGGAUGCUGUGGAAGCUCUAUUGGAGAGAUACCCGACUCUGUCGGAGCUGAGCACUGUCUAUGGUCGUCAGUCGGUCCUCCAUUUAGCUGCUGCCAGUGGCCAUAUCGAGAUCCUGUCUAUGCUGUUAAAUCGGUCUGUGAACCCAGAUUUAUUGAACCGUCACAAACAGACUCCUCUUAUGUUGGCUGCCAUGCAUGGGAAUAUCAGCUGCGUAAGCAAGUUGCUUGAAGCUGGGGCCAAUGUCUUGAUGUUUGAUUCUGUUAAGGGAAGGACUUGCUUGCACCAUGCUGCCUACUAUGGCCAUUCGCAUUGCCUUGAAGCGAUUCUUUCGGCUGCUCAAUCUAGUCCUGUGUCUGCUUCAUGGGGAUAUGCGAGGUUCGUGAAUAUUAGAGAUGGAAGAGGAGCCACCCCAUUACAUUUGGCAGCCCGACAAGCGCAUGAUCGUUGUGUGCACAUCCUAUUGGAGAAUGGAGCUCUUGUUUGUGCUUCGACUAGUAGAUACGGAUACCCUGGAAGCAGUCCUCUUCAUUUGGCAGCUCAAGUAGGAUCUCUCGAUUGCAUCCGUGAAUUGCUUGCCUGGGGAGCUGAUAGGCUUCAAAGAGAUUCAUCCGGGAGAAUACCGUAUGUGGUUGCUCUCAAGCACAAGCAUAAUGCAUGUGCAGCUCUGCUGGAUCCAGCAUCAGCAGAGCCUCUUGUGUGGCCAUCUCCGUUGAAGCUUAUCAGCGAGCUUAAUCACGAGGCAAAGGCCCUCCUUGAAAAGGCAUUAAUGGAUGCUAAUAAGGAGAGGGAGAAGAGCAUCUUGAAGGGAACUCUGUACUCUCUUCCAUCUCCGUCACGCUCCGAGGUUGGGGUUGAUGAUGAUGUGUCAGAGGCAAGUGAAACCGACUUAUGCUGCAUAUGCUUUGACCAGUUAUGCUCAAUCGAGGUCCAGGACUGUAGCCACCGAAUGUGUGCUCAAUGCAUACUCUCGCUUUGCUGCCACAACAAGCCCAACCCAACAACUUCAUGCCUAGCCCCUCCCAUCUGCCCCUUCUGCCGAAGCUCGAUAUCAGGCCUCGUAGUUGCAAAGGUUAGAGUUCCUGAGGAGCCUGAUCAUCAUGACAUAACCGAGGUUAGCUCCUCCUCCAAGCCGAGGAAGUCAUGGAAGUCUCAGGGUCUCUGUGAGGGAAGCAGCAGUUUAAAGGGAUUAUUGGUUAUGGGUUCCUUCAAGAUGGGCGGCCGACUUUCUGCUGAAAACGAAUGGAUCGAUAAGCCAUGAAAGAAUAUCUGUUGACUGCUGUCAUUGAUUCCAGAAUGAUUAAGAAGGCAGUGAAUUGGUGCAUUUUGGGUCUAUUCUAUUCAUGAUCACCCUGUUUUUCCCUCGAGAAGGGAAUGAAGGGAAGAGAAUGGAAAAGCCAUUCUUUUUCCAUGGCUCUGCGCUGCUGGCACAGCAUAAGCCAUAUGGAAUGGAUUCAUCCAAGGAGAAAAGUCAAAGAUACGUACCAUCGGGUUCAUUGUAUCGUAUGAAUAAUAUAGAAAUGAUAGAAGAUGUGGGCCGGGCUUUAUGGUGGGCCAUGUGAUAAUAUGUCUGGUGUGGGUUCAGUAAAUUAUAACGUGUUCUGUCUCCUCUUGAACGAGGAAGAGCGUCAAAUGAUCAUCUCUCAUGGAUUUUCCCAAGCAA